AUUGUGAGGAAGAGAAGAUGGAUAUGUAGCCAGUUUUGUUAAGAGGGUACACAGUGCCUGGCUGUCGAGCAUGUGAAGCCGUUGUGGCUCCGUUCCAUCCAUUCUCUUUCUCCCCUUCUUACAUACUUACGCCCCACCCAACUGGCACUUUUUGAUUCAUUCACACAGAGAGCUGAACGGAGUACGUCAGGACAAAACACUCGUAGGAUUUCAGCCUGAUUCUCUUUCUGUCUUUCCCCCCCAUCCCAGUCCCUUUUAUCCUCAGCACUACGCAAAGACUUUGAGAAACCAAAACCCAAAAGAAUACAAUGAAUUAUGUGUUCGCCAAUUCAGAAUGCAGCAGUGGAUGUGAAUCUGGGUGGACUUUGUACUUAGAACACUCGUCAUCUUCUUUCUCUCAGUAUAGUCUUGCCAAGAAAGUAAAAGUUUCAGACGAAGAAGAGGAGAAUGAAGACUUGUCUAUGGUUUCUGAUGCAUCGUCGGGACCUCCACAUUUUCACGAAGAAGAUGAGUUUUAUCGUGCACCGGUAGAUCCCACAUUGUCCAAGAUUAACAGGCCUAAUAUGAAGAAGAAAGUUAAGGAAAAUCCACGUCGACAGGUUCAGGAACAACCUUCUUUACUCGAUGAUACUGCUAGCUCCCCUAUCUUCGACUACUCCGAGAAGAAUUUCUCACUUCCAAAUGGCCAAGCUUUUGUGGGGAAUGCAUUGGAAUACUCACAAGGCUACUCCACAACUCAGUUUGAGGGGAGAUCUACAUAUCAGGAGAAUUAUGAUUUAUUCCAGUCUUCACUGUAUGCAAAUCAACAGCAGAAAAAUCAGUUGAAUGGUCUGAAGGGAAAGAGGAUUUGACAGCAUGAGUUGAAGUCUAUCAAGAAGAGAGUUUUUCAAAACAAAGGGAAUUGAAUCUCAUAAGGGAUUUUGUUCCUGUUCCUUCAUCUAUUUUCCCUUUUUUCUUUUGUAGCUGUCAAUGUAGUGGGAAACAACUAAAAUGCGAGCUAAAAUUUCAGUGUUGUUUAGAUUUAUAUUGUUUUAUUAACAAAUAAUGUCAAGAAAUGAGCUCUAAGUUUUUCU